AUGGACGGGACUCAGGAGCAGUACAUCCAGCUCCCCGCAGAGGCCCCCAUCUACCCCGAGCUCCUGGCGCCGGGCAAGCGCUGCAUCCUCGUCGGCGUGGACCCCGACAUCUCCGGCGCCCUGGCGGUGCUGCACUGGCAGAACCCUGCCGAGGGCGCUUUCUUCCCUUGGCAGGCCGCCCGCCUGGAGGUGCACGACAUGCCCAUCGUGCUCUGGCAGCUGGCCUCGCGCGUGAAGAAGCAGCCGUGCAGCGUGGGCCUGCUGCGCACGCUGCGGCCCUAUGCCGACCUGGCGCGCGCUGACGGCGACGUGGUGGUGCGCGCCGCGCUGGAGGUGACCACCCCCAGCCACAUCAGCGGCAAGCAUGCCUGGUUCAACAUCGGCUACUCGACGGGAAUGCUGGACGGCAUCCUCACCUCUCUCGACAUUCCGUGCACCCGCAUCCACGCCGCGAUCUGGAAGCGCCAGCUGGGCCUCUUCAAGAAGGGGAAGCCGGGGAGCAUGGCACUGGCCCACCAGCUGCUCCCAGCUGCGGCCCCCUUUCUCAGGCGAGCCUGGAACGAUCGCGUUGUUGUCAAGAGGAAGAAAGACCAUGGGAGAGCAGAGGCCCUGCUCAUUGCCGCUUGGAGCCUGGGGUGCCGGGCUCAAGCCGUGGCAGUUGCGGAGAGCGAGGAUGCUGCAGGGGAGGAGGACGAGGUGCUCCUGUAG